AUGGAGUACGCUGUGAAAUUCGACUUCCUCGCCUCAAAUAACGAGGCCGAGUAUGAAGCUUUGAUCCUGGGCCUACAGAUUUGCAUCACAGCGGGAGCUCAAAACAUACUAGCAAAAUCCGACUCCCAACUAAUAGUGGGGCAGGUGUCGGGGGAGUACGAAGCUAAGGAGGAUAAUAUGAGGAUGUACCUCAACAAGACCCGACAGUUAAUUCAGAAGCUGACUUCCUUCAAAAUCCAGCAUUUCCCUCGGUCCGAGAACCAACAGGAUGAUGCCCUUACCCGCAUGGCUAGCUCAGCAGAAGGGUUAGCCCCCCGCAGCAUAAUUUGGGAAGUCCUUGAGCAACCAAGCAUCAACUCUUUGGAGGUACAUACUUUGAACCGUACCGACACCUGGAUGGCAGAAAUCAUAGGGUAUCUCCGGGACGGAGUCUUACCCAUGGAUGAGAAGGAGGCCAAGGCCCUUAAAAAGAAGGCGGGGUGGUUUCUCUGGCAUGAAGGCAACUUGUAUAAAAAAUCUUACACGCACCCGUUGCUGAAAUGCGUCACUCCAUUCGAAGGGAAUUACAUUUUAAGGGAAAUCCAUGAAGGGGCUUGCAGCAGUCAUCAGGGAGCCAGGACAAUAGCUGGGAAAGCUCUAAGGGCGGGGUACUAUUGGCCCACCCUUAAACAUGAUGCAGAGGUCCUAGUGAGGAAGUGCCCUAAUUGCCAACUUCAUGGAGAUAUACCUCGGGCCCCAACCAAUCAACUCACCACUAUCCAAGUUGUUCUUCCAUUUGACAAGUGGGGAAUGGACCUCAUAGGUCCCUUUCCAGCAGCCUCGGGGCAAAGGAGUGGGCCAACUCGGGAGUACUGCUCCAGAUUCGGCAUUAGAACAAGGUUCUCAGCAGUAUCCCGACCCCAGACAAAUGGUCAAGCAGAGGCUGCAAACAAAGUUGUGCUAAAUGGGAUAAAAAAGUCUCUAGAAGGAGCUAAGGGAAGCUGGAUUGACGACCUCCCGGGAGUGUUAUGGUCAGCAAGGACAACAGGGAAAGAGGCAACUGACCAUUCACCCUUGAGCCUGGUUUAUGGAAGCGACGCUGUCCUUCCCGUGGAAGUCGGGAUAUCAUCCCCGAGAAUGACAUUCUAUGACUACGAGCUGAACGAGGAGGAAAAACCAGUCAAUCUCGACCUACUUCCCGAGACGAGAGGCAACGCUCUGCUGAGAUCCAUUCACAACAAGCUGUGA